UCACAGUGCAAGAGCCCCAGAGGCAUAAUCAUUUCCGUCUUUCACCCUGUCCAGGUUGCCAGCAAAUCCCAAGGGUCUUCCGAGACUAAGCCUGGGUCAGGUCCUGCCAGCUGCUUGAAAGAUGAACUCCUGCAACAUCUUAAUGAGGCUGCUGCUGUCUGGGCCUUUUCUCUUUGCCCCAGCCUCUGGCUACAACCUGGACGUGUGUCAUGUGCAGAGCUUGUCCAUCCCACACGCUGGGAGACAUUUUGGGUACCGUGUCCUGCAAGUUGGAAAUGAGGUUGUCGUGGGAGCUCCGGGUGAGGGGAGCAGCAUGGGAAAUCUCUACCAGUGCCAGCCAGGCACUGGACACUGUCUGCCAGUGAGCUUGAGUGGUUCAAACUACACCUCUAAGUACUUGGGAAUGACCUUGGCGACAGACCCUGCAAGUGGAAGCCUUUUGGCCUGUGACCCUGGGCUGUCUCGGACAUGUGACCAGAAUAUCUAUCUAAGUGGUCUGUGCUACCUCUUCCACCAGGAUCUGAGGGGUCCUGUGCUGCAAGGGCGCCCUGGUUAUCAGGAAUGUCUAAAGGGCAAUGUAGACCUGGUAUUUUUGUUCGAUGGUUCAACGAGCUUGCAGCAAGAUGAAUUUCAGAAAAUUCUGGACUUCAUGAAGGAUGUGAUGAAGAAACUUAGCAAUUCUUCCUACCAGUUUGCUGCCGUUCAGUUUUCCACGACCUUCAAAACAGAAUUUAAUUUCUUGGAUUACGUUAAACUGAAGAACCCCGAUGUUCUGCUGGCCAAAGUAAAACACAUGUGCCGGUUGACCAACACCUUUGGUGCCAUCAACUAUGUUGCGAACAAUGUAUUCCAACAAAACCUAGGGGCCCGACCAGAUGCCACCAAAGUGCUCAUCAUCAUCACUGAUGGGGAAGCCACCGACCAUGACAACAUUGACGCAGCCAAAGACAUCAUCCGCUACAUUAUUGGGGUUGGAAAGCAUUUCCAGACCGAGAAAAGUCAGAAGACACUCCAUGAAUUUGCUUCAAAACCCGCAAAAGAGUUCGUAAAGAUUCUGGAUACAUUUGAGAAACUUAAAGAUCUAUUCACUGAGCUGCAAAAGAAGAUCUAUGUUAUUGAGGGCACAAACAAACAGGACCUGACAUCCUUCAACAUGGAGCUGUCCUCUAGUGGGAUCAGCGCGGACCUCAGCAGAGGCCAUGGCAUGGUGGGGGCAGUUGGAGCCAAAGACUGGGCCGGGGGCUUUCUAGACCUGAAGGCGGACCUGCAAGAUGACAUAUUUGUUGGGAAUGAACCACUGACAACAGAAGUGAGAGCAGGAUAUUUGGGUUACACGGUGACCUGGCUACCCUCCCGAGGGCCCACAUCGAUGCUGGCAGCUGGAGCCCCUCGAUACCAGCAUGUGGGUCGGGUACUGUUGUUCCAAGAGUCAAAAGGCAAAGGACAGUGGAGCCAGAUCCAGAAAAUAGAUGGAAUCCAGAUUGGCUCUUAUUUUGGUGGUGAGCUGUGUGGCAUUGACAUGGACCAAGAUGGGGAGACGGAGCUGCUGCUGAUUGGAGCUCCCCUAUUCUAUGGGGAGCAGAGAGGAGGCCGGGUGUUUAUCUAUCAGAAAAAACAGCUGGGAUUUGAAGCAGUCUCAGAACUGCAGGGAGAUCCUGGCUACCCCCUUGGACGAUUUGGAGCAGCCAUCACUGCCCUGGCAGACAUCAAUGGGGAUAGGCUGAUGGACGUGGCUGUGGGAGCCCCUCUGGAGGAACAGGGGGCUGUAUACAUCUUCAAUGGGUGGCAUGGCAGGCUGAGCCCCCGGCCAAGUCAGCGGAUAGAAGGAACCCAAGUGUUCCCAGGAAUUCGAUGGUUUGGACGCUCCAUCCAUGGGGUGAAGGACCUUGGAGGGGACGGCCUAACAGAUGUGGCUGUGGGGGCUGAGGGUCACGUGAUCGUGCUGAGAUCCCGGCCUGUGGUGGAUAUCGUCACUCUGAUGUCCUUCUACCCAGCUGAGAUCCCUGUGCAUGAAGUAGAGUGCUCCUAUCCAACCAGCAACAAGAAGAAGAAAGGAGUUAAUGUCACAGUUUGUUUUCAGGUCAAGUCUCUCACCCCCCAGUUCCAAGGGCUCCUGAUUGCCAACCUCACUUACACUCUGCAGCUGGAUGGCCAUCGGACCAGAAGCCGGGGGUUGUUUCCAGGAGGUAGACAUGAACUCAGCGGGAACACACUUGUCACCUCAAAUGAGUCCUGCACUAAGUUCUGGUUCCACUUCCCGGUAUGCGUCCAAGACCUCAUCUCUCCCAUCAAUGUCUCCUUAAAUUUCUCUCUCUGGGAGGAAGAAGGGACACCGAGGAACCAAAGGGAGCAAGGCAAGGACAUUCAGCCCAUCCUGAGACCUUUGCCGCACUCAGAGACCAAGGAGAUCCCUUUUGAGAAGAACUGUGGAGAGGACAAGAAUUGUGAGGCAAACCUGGGGCUGUCCUUCUCCCCUGCAAGGUCCACAAUUCUGCAUCUGACACCCUCUGCCAGCCUCUCCGUGGAGCUGACACUGAAUAACUUGGGAGAAGAUGCUUACUGGGUCCAGCUCAGCCUGAGCUUACCCCGGGGACUCUCCUUCCGCAAAGUGGAGACGCUAAAGCCCCACAGUCAGAUACCUGUGAGCUGCAAGGAGCUUCCUGAGGAGGCCACUCUUCCAACCAGGAGCCUCUCUUGCAACGUGAGCUCUCCUAUCUUUAAAGCAGGCAGCUCGAUUGUUAUCCAGGUGAUGUUUCAUACGCUGCUGAACAGCUCCUGGGGAGACUUUGUCAAGCUGCACGCCAAUGUGAGCUGUGACAAUGAGGACACAGGCCUCCUGGAGGACAAUUCAGCUGCCACCAGCAUUCCAGUCCUGUACCCCAUCAAUAUCCUCACCGAGGGCCAGGAAAACUCCACCCUCUACAUCAGUUUCACCUCCAAGGGUUCCAAGAUCCACCAUGUCAAGCACAUCUACCAGGUGAGGAUUCAGCCGUCCGUCCAUGACCACAAUGUGCCCACCCUAGAGGCCUUGAUUGGUGUACCGCAGCCUCACAGUGAGGGGCCUAUCACACACAAGUGGAGUGUGCAGAUGGAGCCUCCUGUUACCUGCCACUAUGAGAAUCUGGAGAGGUCGCCCAGUGUGACUGAGCAGCCUUGUUUGCCUGGAGCCCUAUUCCAUUGCCCAGUUGCCUUCAAGCAGGAGAUCCUCAUCCAAGUGACUGGGAUUGUGGAGCUGGUGGGGGAGAUCAAGGCCUCCUCCAUGUUCAGCCUCUGCAGCUCCCUCUCCGUCUCCUUCAACAGCAGCAAGCAUUUCCACCUCUACGGCAGCAAUGCCUCCCUGGCCCAGGUCAUCAUGAAGGUGGACAUUGUAUAUCAGAAAGAAAUGCUCUAUCUCUACGUGCUGAGCAGCAUUGGGGGGCUGUUGUUGCUGCUGCUGAUUUUCCUGGUGCUCUACAAGGUUGGCUUCUUCAAACGGGAUUUGAAGGAGAAGAUGGAGGCUACUGUCGAUGCCUCCAAUGGAAUCCCUGGAGAGGACUCUGGGAAGCCAGCAUCUGAAGAAGAGGCUGUGGAUCCAGGCUGCCUGGAUCCCCUGCAUAAGGAGGAUGCCCAGGAUGGAGGUGGCACAAUCUGAGGCCCAGACCUGAGGCAGAGGGCCCAGGACUGGACUCGGGAUGUCUGGUGCAGGUCUGCCUGUAGCUGCAUGCCAUUCUGUGCCCUCUGGCAAAGUUAUUACCUCUCGCUAGGCCUCCAUUUUUCUGUCUUGAACAUGGAGAGCACUCCUGUCUGCCUCCUUUGCAGGCUUAUGGUGAAGAUUCACCAAAGGAUGGGCCAGGAAGGCCAUGGAGGCGAGGCCUUGUAAUCAUCAGGUAGCCCUGGUUCCCACCAGCCCCUCUUAGUUUCCUCCCCUGGAAGAGAAAAUCUGAUCUAAAUUUGGAGAAACCGUAGUCCCAGGACCUAGUGACACUCCUGGUCCUCAAACCCACCUGCCCAUAGAGGUCCACAAAGCCCUCAGACUCCCAGAACCUUGCCCCACACUCUCUCCUGCCUGGAGUCCAGCCAGUUUUUCAUUCUGCUUCCAGAGAGCAGAUAUGAUCUGUGUCACUUCAUUGUUGCUGCAAACCUCUUGCUCUUUGGCUGAAGACCAAAUUCCUUAAUAUGCCUUCCAAAAUCUGCAAAAUAUCCUUAAUAUGCCAAUGCAGAAUUGGGCCCUUGUUGCCUUCCCGGCCUCCUAUAGAGAUGACAUCCCACAGCCUUUCCUAAGCCCCAGUUACACCAGCAUUUCUCACUUGCCAAGCUCCUUACUGUCUCACCACCUUCGCUCAGACUGCUCUCUCUGCCUGCAGCAUUCCUCCUUCCUCCUUUUCCUGGCUAACUCUCGUCAGUCCUCAGAUCUCCACUUACACAUCACUUCUUCAUGGCAGCCCCCUGAACCUGACUCAUUUGGGUUUUCACAUUAUGCAUGCUCACAUUAGCCUGUAAUUGUCCAUCAUAGCACAGAUCUUAUUUGUUAACUGUUAAAUGAUUUAACUUAAUUUUCAUCUCUCAAAUAAAGUGAACUCCAAGGGUAGGAACUGUACUUCAGGAUCCCUGAUGAUAUCACAGAGCCAGACACAUAGUUGGUGCCUAACAUAAUUUCAUUCGAUUAGUGAGGGAGCCUGUGGUAAGAUAGAGAAAAGUUUGGAUGGUCCAUGGUAUCCCCAUUCUUAAAGGCUCAACCUUCCCUGAGUGCCUGCCCUCUUCCUCCACAGCCCCAACCAGAACGUCAUCAUCCCCAACUAUAGCCCUCACUGUGAGACUCUGAGCUCAAGGGCAGGGACCAUAUCCAUUCACCUGGCUCCUAGUGCCAAGCACACUGCCUACAUAUAUUUACCCAAUAAAUGCGAAAUUCCGUCCAAUUUUGUGAAGUUUCUAUGCUGGUGCAACAUUGCAGUCUGACUCAAUUAAAUGAUCAUUUUCUUAACCAUUUUACUAAG